GGUGACGAGAGCGUGUCCUCCCUCGUCGAUGUCGACAGCCCACACAUCUCCUCGGUCCCCUCCGACUACGAGAGCCAGUCCGUAAAGACUGACACCCCAGUCCGAGCGCCAGCAGCGUGAAGAGGAGAUGCACGAGGAGGCCAGGCGCCUCAAGGACAAGGCCGCCGCUAAGAAGGACGCUGCAAAGGACAAGGCACGAAAGAACGCAGACAACCCAGUUGUGUUGGGCAAUGCCAUUGGUGCUGCUGUCGUUGCGACUGCUCUGGGUAUUGGCGCGUACAGAAAGUAUGCUCGUGGAGAGCUUACUGGAAAGCUUGUUGCGGCUUGGGUGGGCGUCCUCGGUCUGUUUGGUGUUGGCGACUACUACGUCUCGCAGUACUUCUUCAAGCGCUACCCACCAAAGAACUAAAGGGUGUGUCGUCGAAGAUACUUCCUUUCCGACCUCCAUGCUUUCCGCUCUCUUCUCUACAGCUUGUAGGCUUUGACGAUGCCUGCGUAAAAAAGCCCACACCAGCCCAAACGGCUUUAAGAGCAGUUGAACUAUCUUUGGAAUUUGGCAACAGUACUAUAGCAGGCACAACGCUCUCAUCUCGUUCUAGCCUGGAGUUGGUAGCUCUAGCGAGUCUUCUCUGUACAUACGGAGGUUCACUAUUCAAUUAUACCCACAUUUC